CUGACGUGGGUGGGAAUCGUGUGCGACGGAUACGGCUUACAGUGUCGUUACUUAUGUUCCGCGGAAGGAUCUGUUUUCCACUUCAAGGCUAUUGUGUAUUUCCCAAUACUUUGCCGCUGAGCCUAUGCAGCUGCAGGUAAUCACCUCCACCGGGGAAAGAGAAAGACAUUACAUAAUUCGUAUCUUCGUUUCACAGUCAUGCCGCCGCGGGACCUCCCUGGCUUGUACUGGGAUGAGGACAGGCAGCGUUACUUCCCGCUGUCUUCCGCACCGUCCCAUGGCAAGGGACGACCGCGUGUUGACCGCGUUCCGCAGUCGCAACAACGGAUAACUUCCGACGCGGAUACAAGGAACCCGACAUUUCCUUUGAUAAGAUCACAGCCUCAUCAACUGCUCUCGGGCCUGCGCUCAUCGCCACCGUCAACAUCUCACAAGGACAGGCUGACCCACUUUCUGCGAUGCUCUCGGUUCGCCUUGACCGGCAAGGCAGAACGAUUACUGAUGCACUCGCCAUGGUCUGGACUUGCAGGCUCAGUCACUGCUUUCCAGACGGUCCAUCACAAUGACCGCGUAUGGAGUUUCGCAGGGGACUCCAUGGGAUGGUUCCAUUCAUCUUUGACAAAUAACCAAAAUCAACCGACAGGUUUCCUGACCCACGGAUGGCAACCUGAAUUCAAUCUAUCAUCAGAGGUAUCCUCCAUCUCUGUCUCUGACUCCUGGUGUAUUGCUACUUCCUUUGGCCCCGAUUGCAAAAUUCUACAUUUCCCAUUAGAAUCUACUACGGAAGAUAUCAGGGUGUCUAGAAUUGACGGUCACGUAGCAUGCGACAUAUGGACGGCAGAUCUUCGAGGUUCUCGGUUGGCGUUAGGUGCCAAGAACCAACUUGUCUGCAUCGAUGACAUUGCAGACCGUGCAGCGGUCCAAAAUCUUCCCACAUAUAGUGACGUGUUUGCCAUAGCACAGGAAAAUCAUACCAUCUACACUGGUCUUCGAAACGGUGGCCUUCUGAGAUUCGACACCCGCACAUGGCAGUCAAAAGGAGAUGCCCUCUUAGGGGGGCUGUUCACACAACCGCCUAACUCUAUUACGAAUCUUAGACUCCUGCGUGAUUCCCAGCUUUUGGUGUCCAAUGUUGAUGGUAAGGUAAGUUGCCUCCUUCGCUUGUUUUGUUUAGCCCUUGAUGCGACUGUGGGUAUGGUGCGUUUACGCCAGAUCUCAACUUUCGACUUACGCUUCUCCUCCAUUCGGACUCCGUUGAAGGUGUUUACGGGCAACAUCAAUUCUUAUGUGAUCAAAGCUCCGAUCGCUGUGGACCCGUCAGAGGAUUUUCUCCUUGCAGCAGGUCAGGAUAACCGCAUUCGACUGUGGUCCCUCCGUUCAGGUGGCCCACCACUUGCACCGAGUACCAGCGACACACCUAUAGAAUUUGAUGGCCACAAUCUAUUGCAGCACCGAUUCGAACACCCAGUUCGUGCGAUGCAAGUCUCAGAGGAGGCGGAGGGCAUAACUCUUUGGGUAGGGUCUGGGUCUGAUGUGUUUAAGUACAGUUUGGGCCGCGAUGUGUUGGGUGGGUGAACUCUUUGAUGGGGGGGUGGUAAUCCGGUGGUGCGUCACAUCAGUUGAUGUAGAGCGACUUCUGGGUAAGAGUUUUCGAGCCGCGCUAUCCCUGGCCGUAUUGCAGGUCAGUAAUGGUGUUACCUCACAGCGGUUUCCACGGGAACUCCAUCCCGUAUGACAUCAAUUUCUUUGUUGCUACGC